UCAACUAGUACUAAACGUUGCUUUUGUUAUUUUUACAUUUAUUUUUAAAAAAACAUAGUUACAUAUGUAAGGGAAAAAAGCAGCAACAAGUGGUCGUUGACUCGUGUGUUUACGUGCUUUACACAUUGAUUGUAAAUUUAGUGCAAUAAAUAAUUAAAAUAAGAAAAUUUUAAUAAAUUCUUAACACAGCGACAGCUAAAUAUGAGUGCAAUUAAAUGAAACAAAUAGUUUUGAAAUAUUUUGCAUUUUUCUAAAUGUAAUAAUAACGUAACUAAAAGAUCUCAAAAACAAAAUGUAUAUAUACCUAAAAUAUUAUACCCUUAUAGCACUAAUCAUUUACGGUGGAGCUACUGUUAGGGGAAGGCCAGAAGAAGAAAGCCCUGCUCAACAAGAAGCUCAGAUUGUAAUACCCAGUAUUACUAAUUCGGGCGGCUCAGCUACCAGCGGCAAUGGCAAUGCCUUGGCCACUACAGAAGCCAAUAAGUCUCAAAUUGCGCCACAAGUUGAGACGGCUCCCGACUAUUGCUUCCAAAUGGAAGAGAAUUUGUGCCUUAAUUCAUUUAAUAACAACAACACCAACCAAACACACCAUCAAACCUCACACUUCAUCAACACCUGUCAGUGUCGUCAACAUCCCAAUUCAAAUGCCAGCCAGAAUAAUUGGUAUUGCUGUAACAUCACACAACUGUCAAUGAUAAGCAGUUGUCCUAACACCAGCAAUUGGACUAAUCUGCAUAUUUAUAAUGUCACAAUGACAGAAAUUGAUUUAUCAUCACCCAUAUUUCAAACACUACAAUCAUUGGCCAUAACCGAUGGCAAUAUCAGACGUAUUGUGAAAACAUUUUCACGUAUGUCUAAAGUGAAGUGCCUUAAUUUAUCCAACAAUAAUCUCUUGAAUAUCACCAUGAAAACACCGAUAUUUUUGAAAUUUUUAAAUCUCUCCAAGAAUAAUCUAACACAAAUACCUAAAUUGGGUCCUAAUCAAAAUAUUACUAUGGAUAUAAGAGACAACAAACGCAUGCUGUGCAAUAAUUUGGUAGAAACCAUAUUUCGCGGUUCAUUUAAAUUCGUGGCCCCCAACAGUUCAUUUUGCUUAAUGGAUUCUACUUUUAAUUGGUUUAAUACAACCGAUUAUAUUGCGAUUAAUCAAAUCGAUAUAAUUAGACGUUUUUACACGGACUGCCCGGUUAUACCAGGAAAAGGCAAUUGUACUUGUGCGCCGGAACAUAUGUUGUCAGCGGGGGAUCCCUCAAAAAAUAAAAUAUUUUGUCGUGUUGACUGCUCCAAUUUGGGUUUAACAGAAUUGCCGCCUAAAUUGCCGGAGAAUACAUUUCAGCUUAAUAUUACUAAUAAUAAUAUCACAGUAAUUGGUGAACAUUUUCAUAAUAAUCCCACCUACCAAAGCAUUGUAAAACUACUUGCCGAUAACAAUCACAUUGAAUCAAUGCACGAUUUGGAAGGUACUAAUUUUAUGGAUCAUUUUCAGCGAUUAUAUUUGCGUAACAAUAAUAUUAAAAGGCUUCCCGAAUAUUUAUUAACCAAUGUUUUGGAUAGCAUAGUUGGACGACAAAUAUUUUUGGGUGGCAAUAAAUUAAUAUGUGAUUGUAACUCGGCCAAAGUAUUAAAGCUUUGGCUACUGCAGCGCAGUAAAGAUAUACCAGACUAUGUGGAAAUUCAAUGCCGUAAUAUACCUCAGCGUAUAAUGGAAUUACAAGAGAUUAAAGUGUGUCAAUCGCCGCAUGAUUGGACCGAUUAUGUUUAUUAUCUAAUAGCUACCGAAGUUAUUUUAUUAAUUGCCCUGAUAACAAAAGUAUCCUAUGAUUAUUGGGUAUUCAAAACAGCCGGCUAUUUGCCAUGGCCAGCUAGUAAAAUGCCAAAAUUACCUUGUGAUUGGCUUUGUGAGUCAUAAUUUUUUUUUUAAGAAUUAAUUGAAAACAAAAACUGUGUUUAAAUUUAUGUAUUGUAAGAAAACUAAACUAAAAGUAUCGAUGUUUUAAAAGCUAAUUUUAAAUGUUAAUUUAAAUAUUAUUAUUUAUAUAUGUUAAAUGGAAACAAAGUGCCUAAAGUAAUGAUUAUUUUGUUUGUAACAAAAUAAUCUCAAACACAUAUCAAACAAGUGCAAUUAAAUAUGUUUAUAAAAGAAUAUAAAGAAAAAACCAAUUUUAUUGUAUUUUUUAUGAAUUUAUUAUAAACAAUACAUGAUAAAAAAAACUUAUGUAUUGUUAUAUUAUCAAAAAAAGUUACUAUAUAUAAAAUAUAUAUAAACUAUGAAAUGUUAAAUAACAA